UCACUUACAAGUUGUAGAAGGUGUGAUGUGAGAGCGCGAUUUUAUAUUACGGGAUUAAGUUCCUAUAAUUUGUUUGAAAUGAGGUAGCAGAAGUGAAUAAAAAAUAUAACUAAUUAACAGCUAAUUAUUAUGCCUUAAGUUCAGUGUAACAAUUGAGAAUUACAAAUUUUCCGGGAAUGCUGAAUAUGACCAAGGAUUCUGUUGGAAAUGUGGAGCAAUGAUAAUGCAAACACGAUGUUAUAUGCUAUCGCCACAGCCAACAGCUAUCCCCGGUAAGGAAUGCAGACCGUGUUGUUCAUGUUCCAGAUGAAUACGAAGUUAUUGGUGAAGCGCAAUGGCAAUUAUUGGAAAAUACGCCGGAAGACCAGGUCGUCAAGAUAUAUGGAUUGGAAUAUUCGAAAUUUCGCGCCUUCGUGUUCCAUUCGGUGUGCGCGAUGUUUUGCGGACUGCCGUAUUUCGUGCUAUCCUACUAUCCAAAAUUACACGGCUUGAAAUACGUGAAAUGCAGUUUGAGAACGGCUAAGAAAUUAUGCUUAACGGAAGGUGAAGAUAAGUUUUAUAUCGAGAAGGUUCAUGAAAUGGAUCUGAAUCUCGCCAACCUUCGGGAUAACAAGCUGCGAUAUUUUAUUUUCGAGCACAGCCGAUAUGUCUGGCUUAAAGAUAGUGGAAGUUUCGUGAAUGUUUCGUCUCUGAACGAAAAACUUACUGUUAAUUUGCUCAUGGACACUUUGAAUGGUAUCAAUAAGAGACAGCAAAAUGAACUUAUGAAAUUAUAUGGUUAUAAUUCUGUGGAAGUCGAAGUGAAGAACUAUUGGACGUUAUUCGUCAAUGAAGUGUUCAACCCAUUUUAUUUAUUUCAAAUAUUUUCUAUUAUCCUGUGGUCGUUGGACGAGUAUUAUCAGUAUGCGACAUGCGUUUUCCUCCUUUCUGCUACCUCGUGUAUGAUGGCACUAUACCAGACCAAACAGAUGAGUAGAAACCUGCAUCGCAUGGCCGGUUCGACUAGUUCGUUCACGGUGACUGUACUCCGACCGACCAAGCACGGCCGCGAGGAGUGUGUUGUGAACGCGAGCCGCUUGGUGCCUGGUGACGUCAUGGUGCUGCCCCCUGACGGAUGCGUCAUGCCAUGCGACGCCAUGCUGGUCACCGGCACGUGCAUAGUCAACGAAUCCAUGCUGACCGGUGAGAGUGUGCCCGUAAUGAAGGGCCCACCAUCCGUUUCCCAAGAGGUUUAUUCGACAGAAACCCAUAAACGGCACACACUCUUCGCCGGGACUUAUGUCAUUCAAACCAGAUUCUAUGGUAACCAUCAGGUUCUAGCUAAAGUCGUACGGACAGGUUUCUACACAGCCAAAGGAGAAUUGAUAAAGAGUAUUUUAUUCCCGAAACAAUUUGAUUUCCAAUUCUACAAGGAUGCUGUUAAGUUCGUUAUAUUCAUGUUCUGCAUCGCCGCCAUCGGCAUGGGAUAUUCCAUUUGGCUCUACGUUGUCAGAGGUAGUCCAAUUGGCACGAUAAUUCUUCGUACUCUGGAUAUAAUAACGAUAGUGGUACCACCAGCGCUACCGGCAGCCAUGACCGCUGGUAUCGUGUACAGUCAGCAACGACUUAAGAGGAACAAAGUAUUUUGUGUGUCACCACCAAGGAUCAUUAUCUGUGGCAAACUACAGGUCAUGUGCUUUGAUAAGACGGGGACUCUGACUGAGGACGGCCUGGAUCUUUAUGCGGUGAUUCCCCACAACAGAGGCGAGAAAUUCGGUCAUUGUGUUGAGAAUGUCUCCGCACUACAGAAUAAGAGUCCGCUGGUACAAGCGCUGGCUUCAUGUCAUUCACUCACAAGUAUACAGGGACAGCUGAAAGGAGAUCCCUUGGAUUUGAAGAUGUUUGAAUUCACUCAAUGGGAUCUUGAGGAGCCAGGUCCAGAGAACACGAGAUACGACAACCUGACACCAGCUAUUGUGAAACCAAAAACAACACCAAACAUGGAUUUGCAAAAUUUGGAAUCAUAUGACCCUUUCACUAUGGAAAUGGAGGUGCCCUAUGAGAUUGGUCUGAUACGGAGAUUCCACUUCUCAUCGUCUCAACAAUCUAUGGGCGUCAUAGCCAGAAUACUCGGGAAGCCGCAAAUGGUGUAUUACGUGAAGGGUGCCCCAGAGAAGAUAGCUGGAAUGUGUGACCCAGCGUCCUUACCAGAUAAUUUCAGUACAAUCCUUAACGAUUACACGUCUAACGGCUUCCGUGUUAUCGGCCUUGCAUUCAAAACAUUAGAUCGGAAGAUGAAAUGGACUGAGACACAGCGUGUUAAGAGGGAGACUCUGGAAUGUGAUAUGACGUUUCUAGGCUUUCUAGUCAUGCAAAAUAGCCUUAAACCGGAAACAACGCAUAUUAUUAAAGACCUACACGCGGCUAAUAUGAGACAGAUCAUGGUUACCGGGGAUAACAUAAUGACGGCCAUGUCUGUAGCCCGUGGAUGUAACAUGGUCCAGCCCCAUCAGAAACUCCUGUUGGUAACCCUGGGCCCACAACAAACGACUGAUACCAGACCGCCGCUCGCUAUGGAGGUAGUUGGUGAGGGCUGUCCUCCAAAACUGUCUAUAGAUGCCUAUAUAUGGGCAUUGGAAGGAAAGACAUGGACCGUUAUUCGUACACACUAUCCUGAACUCUUGCCUUCUGUCAUUAAUAAAGGGAUGGUGUUCGGUCGUUUCGGUCCUGAUCAAAAAACCCAGUUGGUGACAGCCCUCCAGGCGGAAGGUCUCAUAGUGGGGAUGUGCGGGGACGGAGCCAACGACUGCGGCGCUCUAAAAGCUGCCCACGUGGGUGUAUCACUCUCAGAGGCUGAUGCAUCGGUUGCGGCUCCAUUUACAUCGCAAGAACAGAACAUAAGAUGUGUGAAAUUGCUGGCACUGGAAGGUCGUUGUGCUCUGAGCACGUCCUUCGCUAUCUUCAAAUAUAUGGCUCUCUAUUCCCUCAUACAGUUCUUCUCCAUUCUUAUAUUGUAUAAUUUCUACUCAAUCCUGGGCAACAAUCAGUUCCUAUACAUUGACUUAGUUCUAACAACUCUGCUAGCAUUAUCUCUAGGCAGAGCGUCUCCCGGCCCGAUACUUACAAAACAAUCACCACCCGUGUCUCUAGUUGCUAUGACAAGUAUAUUACCACUGAUUAUUCAAGUUGUGGUAGUUCUUAUUAUACAGCUAGCAUCGAUUUAUCUGCUGCAAUCUCAAAUCUGGUUCACGCCAGUUGAAGGUGGUCCGGAUGUCGAACAAGUUUUGUGUUGGGAAAAUACAGUGAUAUUUAUAAUAACGUCAUUCCAGUACUUAAUUAUGGCAUGUGUUUACGCUAAGGGCUGGCCAUUCCGGCAACCUUUCUGUGCUAAUUACUACAUGGUAGUAACAUUAAUGACUCAGGCUGUGUUUGUGACGGUUCUACUUCUCUGUCCCUGGAAGUCGUUGGCUGACUUCAUGGAGAUAGAAGUUAUGAAUUUCGUACAACAAGAACAGAAUAUAUUCAGAGUCUAUCUGUUGCUUAUACCAGUCUUACAUCUCAUAUUGGCCAUCGCUGUUGAGGCCACACUCUCCGACGAGGAUCGUUUCUCGUCUAUAUUCAAGUUUUUUCGUCGUCGGUAUAGAGUGAAGGAAGAUAUUUCCGGCGACGCAGCCUGCCCUCUAUGGCCUCCACGAUCACCCUCCCAUAUAUGCUGACGAGACACACGAACGUGGAUUUUGUCGCAGUGUGUACGUGGCCUUAUGGAUCACGUGAUUUAGUUUAAUGCGGUGUCGUCAUAUAGCAGUCUGCUCGGAAUGAGUUUUCAAGUGGUAACCAAAAUAAUGAUAGUUUCAUGAUUUUUUUAGUUAAUGUUCUCUGAUGUUACGAUCCAAAAUGACCCUUCGUAGAAACAAUUUGGUUUGUGUUAAGAGAGAAUUGCGGUAGAUAUCAAAAUUUUAGCUCCACUAAAAAAUGAGGUAGUUUUACAGUUAAUUUUAAAGUUAAUUAUAAAUUAAUCCAGGGGUUUAAAACUGAUAUAUAAUUAUAUAUGUCCUCAUUAGAGAAAAACAUUUUUAUUUCUAUUAACAUGUCAACUGAUUUAAUUAAUUCGAUGAUAAUUUAUACUGUACUUUUAUUAGCAGGUUUUGAUUUUUGAAGUAACGUUUUUGUAGUUGUAAAUACACGAUUUUUGUCUCAGUCAUUUCUAUCUGUUACCAAACUAAUCAGAAAAUCGAAAAAUUAAUUGAAAAAAUCUUGGAACUCUCAAAAUUACGUUACGUAAAUUACGUAAACUGUGACACAGUUACAUUACGUAAACUGUGACACAGUUAUAGUUCGGACGACUCCUUUAGCGUUGUUAAGUGACAAGUGACAUAUCCAAAUAACUUAAUUUCGUACUUAAGUGGCUAAUAAAUGCAGCAGUUAUUUAUUUUGUAUUCCCUUGUUUUGUUUGUAAAUUAUAUCAUAAUGGGUUGUCUAAUAUCUCCCUUCCGCUUUUUUGCUCUUUGUUCAAUGCUUUAUAAAAAGUGCUACAGUGAUGGGAUUUAGUUUAAAUAUUCGCCUUUUGUUCGAUAAUCUCUUUCCUUGAUUCCUUUCCAGUCCUACCAGCAAUACCUUUCCAGUCCUACACAGCAAAAGCUUUCUGGCCGUCAAUCCCGGCUUGGCCAUUGUUUGGGACUAUUCACCGGCGUUCGACCACGACCGUUUUUACUUGAUAUUUUCGUAUGUAAUCCAUUUUUCGUCGCCAGUCACCAUCCGCUUCAAAAAUGGGUCGAGUUCGUUAUGUUUCAGCAUCAUAUCGCAGGCGUUGAUUAGGUCCAGACUUCAGAAGGAUUUACACGUAUACAACAAUUGAACGCAAUAUCCAAACUAAUCAUGCAUGCCGUCGUUUUGUAGGUUAUGUCGAGACCUUUCAAAUUUUUUUUUUUUGUAAAUGUUUUUACGGCUCUGGAUACGAGUCCUUUUGAGCCUGAGACCUUUCAAAUGAUGUAUUGUAUUGCCAUAUGCGAGCUCUGUAGCGCUUUGUACAUAGCCGCGAAAUAUUCAAAAGACAAAAAGGCGGAAGGGAGAUAGUUGACAACUUAUUAUAUAUGCAGUGAUUAAUUUUAUUAGAUAUUUAUUUUAAUUAUGUAUGAAUUUUUAUUUUUAUAUACAUACAUUUUCAAUAACAACUUUUGUUAUCUGUAAAGCUGAAGGCUCAUAAUGAGAAAUGUGUGGGUUUUAAUAGUGUUUUUUUUUGGUAUCAAGCCAGACGAGAAUAAAUAAAAUAUAUACUGCCAGUGUUAAUUUGUUUUAAAUAUUAACUGGUACAGAUAUAUAAUUAUUAAUUUCUUUUAAUAAGCUAUUAAUUUAAGCACGUAUGUUUUAUUUGCUUGAAUUAUAUAUUUUUUUAAUGUCCUUAUCCUUGUAUACAACUUAUUUGAAACAGUCAUCGACCUGGGCAUGUAGAAAAUAAGCUGUUAUGUUUAAUGAUUCGUUAGAAUUGAUAUACUAACUGUUUUAGUUACAUAGUUAGUAUAUUAAUAAUAAAAAAUUAAAUAAAUUUAAACUUUUUAAAUGGAUGCCAAAUAAAUUCUUAAUGUAUACAUGAAAUUAUUAUUGUAGAAAGAUAUUAUGUGUGCCGGCUAAUGAUUACUUAAUUAUUUUUUUUAACUAAUUGUCUUAAAUAACUUCUUUGAAGAGACAUUUGUGGAAGGUUUUUCAUACUAAAAUCUUUUCUAUGAAAGAAAAAUUAAAUAAUUUUGUCUGAGUGGAAUCCCUAAGGCUGUGUUCUCAGUGUCUCGAUCCAAACUUAAAAUUUAGUUCAUAGAUAUAAAUAUAUAUUUUAAACAUUAAAAUAAAUCGCAACAAUAUAUUAUUCGUGUUUAACAUUUUGAAUGUGAUUAGAAUUGAAAGAUGUUACCCUAAACUUAAAGUAUUAAAUCUUUGUUUUUUUUUUUUUUUUGCUAUAUACAUACUUUUUAUUUGUAUAAUAAUUGUAAAAUCCUAAACUAAAAUGUAAAUUAUAUAAAAAAAAAAACUUGUCUUAAAACCACCAUAUAACUUAUUUUUGUAUGAAAUUUCAUUGUUUUCUUAAUUAUUGGUGGAAUGAAACUAGGGUUGCUAAUUAAUUAUUCGUGUACGACAUUUCGGUCUACGAUACGAUAUGUCGUACGAUGAUCAUGCGACAUCAACAACACUCUUAAAAUACUAAAACUACUUUUAAGAGAUUUACUCAAAUUAUUUUUAAAUAACAUAUUAUGUAUAUUAAAUACAAGUGAGUAAUUUCUUAAAAAUAAUGUUUUAUUAAUGUACUUGUAGAAAGGAGUAGAUUACUUUAGUAAGUAAAAAAUUAAUUUCAUUCUUAUCUCGCAUAUAUUAUGGGUGUAUUUGAUUUAUGUAUCAUUAAUGUUAAAAAAAAUAAUUAUUUUAUUUUUUAAAUAUUGUAUGUACGUACGAGUAGCGUUUCCACGAUCAGUAUUUCUCCUCUAAUAAUUGUACAAAAUAAUCUUUUAUCUAGACAAAUAAAAAAUAUAUAUUUAAUAAAUAAUAGGUGUCUAAAUAUCCAUUUCAUAUAACUAGUACACUUAGUCCGAGUUUGCAUCCUUGCACUACACACGAGACGUUUGCCGUUUCUCAUUUUAGUAACCAACUUCAACACUAUAAUAUAUGAUGUGUACCGUGACGGUGCCAACUUGGACUAAGCAUAUAGUACUCAAUCUACUUAUGAGAUAGAGUAAAGCGCAUAAUUAUUAUUAGAGUUUUAAAUAGUAUGUUCUUACCCUUACCCAUUAGUACCCGACUACGGCGAUGUGCGAAGAUGCAUUAUGAUUAUACGCCUUCAAAAAAUAUGUGCGAACUGCUAGUUAAUAUAAUUAUUUUUAAUAUUUCAUAGUAUAGUGAAAUUAUAACUAAUAGUCUUCUGUUACCAAUAUCUUUUUUUUUUAAUAUAUAUUUUUUUCUUAUUAGUGUUUAGAGUACGCAAUAUUAAAUGUGGCAAUUCUUAGUAAUUUAUGGCUAUGCCUCAUUCCUAAUUAUAGCACUUAGACUUUUUUUUUAAUUUCAUAUUCGUUCAUAUUAAAUUUAAGCUAAGAUUCAUACAAAACCAGAGUUUUUCUAACUUGUUAUUUAUUGAACUGCAUUAUUGUUUAUUUUCUAUUCUUGUUAUAUUAUCUACUUGUAUAUUUCUCGAAUAUUUGGAACUUGUUAAUUCCUGUCACGAUAAUGUAGUUCGAUUUAAUCUUAAUACUGAGACUUUAGAUGGAUGUGACCAAAUAUUAAAAAUAAAAUAAUUCCAAAUUUGAA